AUGAUGUUACCGAGCCCCGUCACCUCCACCCCCUUCUCUGUCAAAGACAUCCUCAACCUGGAGCAGCAGGAGCCGCACUAUGGAGCCCAGCUGCAGCACCACCUGGAGCAGCACUUCCACUCGGCAGCCUGCCUGCUGGCGGCCGGCGACGGCUCCCGCUUCUCCGACGGGGAGGAAGAGGAGGAGGAGGAGAAGCUGUCCUAUCUGAGCUCCAUGGCCGCGGCGGAGAGCCAAGGGGACGUGGGGCUCUCCCCGGAAAACUACGUGCAGGCGGUGCUGCGAGGCUCGUGUGAGCCCAAUGGCCCGGGAGACGAACUGGAGCCUGCGGGGGAUCGGGACCCCAAGCGCUGCGCCCUGAAGCAGCCGCCGGGCGCCGCGGAGAGGCCGGAGGAGGCGGAGAGGCCGAAGCCGCGGAGCCGCAGGAAGCCGCGCGUUCUCUUCUCGCAGGCGCAGGUCUUCGAGCUGGAGCGGCGCUUCAAGCAGCAGCGCUACCUGUCGGCGCCGGAGCGCGAGCAUCUGGCCAGCAGCCUCAAGCUCACCUCCACGCAGGUGAAGAUCUGGUUCCAGAACCGGCGCUACAAGUGCAAGCGGCAGCGGCAGGACAAGUCGCUGGAGCUGGGCCCCGCGCCGCCGCCGCCGCGCCGGGUGGCCGUGCCGGUGCUGGUGCGAGACGGGAAGCCCUGCCUCGGGGGCUCGCCGGGCUACGGCUCGCCCUACAACGCGCCCUACUCCUACAGCGGCUUCCCGCCCUACGGCUACGGCAACUCGGCCGCCUACAACGCCAGCUACGGCUGCAGCUACCCCGCGGGUGGCCAGCCCGCCUGCAGCCCGGGCGCGGCCGCGGGGCCCUUCGUGAACAUGGGCGGCCUGGGCGGGUUCGGCGGCGCGGCCCAGCCCCUGCACCAGGGCGCCGCGGGGCCCUCCUGCAGCCAGGGCGCUCUGCAGGGAAUCCGGGCCUGGUAG